UCCCUUGCACACAUUCUCAUCCGUUCUCUAAAAUUUCCAACAAAGAGCUUACACAAGUAUUAUGACAAGUGCUUUGCUUCAAGUCAGCAUAGGAAUUGGGCAAAAGUAGAUUUCAUGGGAUGAGUAUUGGUACAAUACGAGCUUUCACACAUCCAUGGGUUGCACUAUGUUCAAGGUUCUGUAUGGCGAGCGAGACCCGCCUGCGUUGAUUCACUACACAAUGGGAACGAUUCCUGUGCGAGAUGUGGAGACUUUGCUAGAGGAACGGGUUGUGUUCCUUCACGACUUAAAGAUGAAUCCCCUUCGUGCACAACAUAAGAUGAAACACUCGGCGGAUAAGAAGCGCAAGAUAUGAAAUAUCAAAUUGGUGAUAAAGUGUUCGUCAAAUUCCGACCAUACCGACAACGGUCACUGCCAUUAUGCCGAAUGAGAAGUUAGCUACUCGUUAUUAUGUUCCAUUCGAGGUAUCCUAACGCAUAGGUGCAGUGGCGUACAAGCUGAGUUUGCCUCCUUCAACCUUGGUGCACCUGGUCUUUCAUGUUUCAGAAUUGAGGCAGACCUAGGGCAAGACUCGUUCUUCUCCCACUCUUCCGCCACAACUGACGACCGAUUCAGAUCUCAUGGUUGAGCUGGCUGCAGGUCUUGAUGUAAGGCAUGGAAGGUUGCACAAUGCCCAAGAGUUGGAAGGUCUGAUUGCAUGGAAGGAUCUGUCCUCAAGUUUUAGAGAGUUUGCUGCUUUUGUAGAAGAGGAUAUGUCAUGCCCAAAAAGUUGCAACCUUGAGCCCCAUGCAGCUGAUUCAAAUGUAGAAGUUGCCAGAUCCGAUGAUGAAAUCAUUGCCAUCAAGGAACUACAAAAUUCCUCCAGUAUUGAGCUGAGGUCUAAAGCUCUAUAUAAAUUUAUCACCAUUGGUGAAAGGUUCUAUAGCAAAGCAUGCCAAUUGCACGAAAAAAUAGAUUACUUCGAGAACUAUAUGGAGAGGGACUUUUUUCAUGUAAAACCACUUGAGGACGAGGAGCUAGAAAAUUGGCAUAAUUAUCUGGAUUUCAUUGAGAAGCAAGAGGACUUUGACUGGGCUGUGAAACUGUACGAAAGAUGCUUAAUUCCCUGUGCUAAUUACCCUGAAUUCUGGAUGCGCUAUGUGGAGUUUAUCGAAUCCAAGGGGGGACGAGAAAUAGCAAAUUUUGCUCUAGAAAGGGCGACACAAGUAUUUUUAAAGAACGUGUCAGAGGUGCAUAUUUUCAAUGCAAGAUUUAGAGAGAAAAUAGGAGACAUUGAAGGAGCUCGUGCUGCAUUGCUUCGUGGUGAGAACGGAUCUGAUUCGUCUUUCAUUGAAACUGCAAUAAGAGAGGCCAAUAUGGAGAAACGUCUGGGAAAUUUGGACACAGCUUUGGACAUUUAUGAUAAAGCACUCAAAAUGGCAGCAGACAAGGAGAAGAUGCACAUCAUCCCUAUUCUGUAUAUUCAACUUUUCCGUCUUAAAUACCUGAUCACUGGCAGUGAAGAUGCUGCUGUCGACUUACUAAUAGCGGGUAUUCAGCAAGUGCCUCAUUCUAGGUUACUCCUAGAGGAAUUGAUAAACUUUGCAAUGCUGCACGAAGGAUCAAGACAUUUGAAUGUUGUUGACCCCAUUAUGGCCACUGCCAUAACCUGUGGAUCAGAUGGCUCCCAGGGUUUAAGCUCCAAAGAUCGUGAGGAUUUGUCCCAUUUGUAUUUGAAGUUUGUUGACUACUGUGGAACCACCCAUGACAUAGGAAAGGCAUGGAACCGUCACAUAAAAUCUUUUCCCCACCUGAUAAGGAGUAGCUCUUCACAUAAGUCGCCUUCCAAUCAGCUUUUGAAUGAGCCAGAAGAAGUAAGAGAAAGGAUCCCUCGUCUUGUUGCGAAGCAGCCAAUUGUGGUUAAUAGUAUCGAGCAUAUACCCCGGGUUUCAGCCGAAGAGAACCACAAGUUGUCGAUUUCGAAAAAUCAAGCUAUCAAGCCACACGAGGCUACAGCCAACCAGCAUGGAGGAAAUGAUGAAGAUAAUGCAGCUGGAGAAUUUAAAAGCUUAAAACGCCAUUCUAGAAAUGAUGCAUCUGAAAUGAUCGAAUCAUCUCUUGCUUUACAUAAGCGAGGAGAAAUUGAAUCUGUAUAUAUAGAUUCAAUCGACCAUAUACAAUCCCAGAAAGAUACAUUAGGACCAAAUGAGCCACAGGUAUCACACAAAUAUGACCAAAUCAGACACAAGCCAGAAAAAGAACAUGAAGUUGAAAUGCUUCUAAUACCAGUUUCUUUGGAGAGUCUUUCUUUGUUAACUCGGGAAAAAGGACCUAAUGUUCUGGAGGAUACCGUGCCCUCUGUAAAUAAUGAGAACCCUUCGACAUCCACUCGGAACCCUUUUUCAGCCACUGAAUCUGCCAAGAAACAAAAUGGAACAGAAGAACAUGGAUCAGAAAGUUUGUCAUUUUCACCAGGCCAUCGGAAUCUUCGUGAACAAACAGAUCCACAACAAUAUUCUUCACAAAAUCCGGAAACUUGCUGCAAAACAAAUCACAUGCUUACAGCCUCUGAAGAUGCAAGUGCCGAAUCUGAUGGCCAGCCACGUCAGCAUCAUCGUCAGCCACACCAAGGUUUUCCGUUAAUUCAUGAAUCAACUGCUAACCAAGAUCAUCCAAAUCCAACAAAGGAAAAUAUAGAGAACAACACCUGGCCUGUGGCAAAUGUACAGCCACAGAGCUCUUCAUCUGCACCCCAACCGGUUCAACCUCAUCCUAAUCUUGCAUCAAUGGUUCAGUAUCCUGUGCAAAAUACUGAACAAUCUGGACUUGUUCAGAAUGCACACGCUUAUAAUCAAAUGUGGCAAUAUCAAUAUCAAUACCAACAGCAGCAGAAUCAGCAACAAUGGCUGCAAAUGCAACAAUCUUAUUUAAUGCAGCAGCAACAGUUUCAGCCACAGCAAUAUCAGGUGUAUCAACAGCAGGAUCAGUACCAACAGUAUAUGUAUCAGGUGUACCAGCAGCAACAGGAGCAAGGGCAUCAGCAGUUAUUGCAGCAACAACAACAAAUGCAAGAAUAUAUGUGGAUGCAACAAUACCAGCAGAUGCAACAACAGAUGCCACAAGAUUUUAGUCAGAAUAAGCAGCAGCAGAUUGCUGUGAUGUCCAAUCAGAUGUGGAAUGGUAGCCAUGAUCAACAGGGCCAUGCAACGAUGCUGCCACACCCCACAACCACACCUGCUGGCUUUGAAACACCGUACACACAACAAAACUCUGAAAACAGGGUGGCCCAACCCACGGGUGCAAGUGGAAGUGCACCAACAAACAUUGGCUCUCCAAGUAAUUGCCAACCAUCUUCCCAUAGGGCUUCAUCGGUCCCUUCCAAAUCUCUCCAUUCUCCGUCUCUUGAGCAAACCCUCCAAAGUGGAUAAACAUUGUAUAUGGCAUCGUCUACAUUCGAGGUCUUAGUGGGAUUUGAGUGGCAUUUGGAGUUCCAUAUUCUAGUAGGAUGGCUUUAGAGGCAUCAUCCGUUUUAUGAAGAUAGCAGAGCUAAUGGUUUUAGUAACACCUGACUUAUUCUAAUUCUGUUUGAGAAUUAGUUAGUCCGAAUUAGACUUUUAUACUUAUUUUUUU